CGCAAGCUCCUGCUCCCUCCUCCCGCAGCAAAAGGCCUCGCAAGUUAACACAGGGAUGUUCGCGUUCGCCACUCUCGUCGCCCUCGCCUCCGCGGCGCUCCCGCAGGUCUUCGCCCACGGCGGUGUGCUCUCGUACAAGAUCGAGGGCGAGAUCUUCCAGGGCUGGGCUCCGUACAACUCGCCCACUGGUCAGACUACGAUCCAGCGCCCGUGGUCGUCCUACAACCCGAUCACCAACCCGACUGACCCCACUCUCGCCUGCAAUGAUGACGGUACCUCCGGCGCGCUCCAGCUUACCACGACGACCAAGGCUGGCGACCCCAUCACUGCGUACUGGAACCAGGUCUGGCCUCACGCUUACGGCCCCAUGUUGACCUACCUCGCCCAGUGCCCGGGCUCGACCUGCACUGGCGUGAACGCCAACACUCUCAAGUGGUUCAAGAUCGAUGAGGCCGGCCUGCUCAGCGGCACCGUCGGCGACGGCUACUGGGGCUCAGGCAAGAUGAUCGACCAGAACUCGUCCUGGACGACGACGAUCCCGGCCUCGGUCCCCUCGGGCAACUACCUCAUCCGCUUCGAGACGAUCGCGCUGCACUCGCUCCCCGCGCAGUUCUACCCCGAGUGCGCGCAGAUCCAGAUCACCGGCGGCGGCUCGCUCCAGCCCACGACCGACGAGCUCGUGUCGUUCCCCGGGGCGUACUCGGCCUCUGACCCUGGUCUGACUGUCGACCUCUACACGAACGAGGCGAUGACCCAGACGAACUACACCAUCCCCGGACCCCCUCUCUACGGCAGCGGCACUGGGUCCCCUGCUCCCCCUCCUGCUUCCACGACUGCCGUCCCCACCACUGUCCCUGUCGGCCCUUCGAGCACUAGCGCGCCCCCGACCCAGUCUUCCGCACCCGUCGGCACCGUCGCUCAGUACGGUCAGUGCGGCGGCCAAGGCUACUCCGGUGCGACCGCGUGCAUUGCGUCCUACACUUGCCAGGCCCUGAACGCUUACUACUCUCAAUGCUUGUGAUCCCCCACCCCGUGCAUAGUCACCAUUAUCCCCCUCAUAGCCCGAAGAAGGUGCGGGGCUGGUCGCGGCACGAAGACCGGGCGAAGGCGCUCGGGGGGAGUAUGGCGGUCAGCCUGCUUUUCUGGAUUGUGUAUUCCCGUAGACUUCACGGUGUGCAUGUGUAGCAAACGAUACGGUCAUUGAACUUCCUUUACAUCUC